AUGCUAGCCACGGAGGGCCUCUGGGAGCCGUCGAGGGAAGACGAAGACUCGCUUGUCCGAUUGCGCGAAAGGCUCGGUCUUAUCCCUGCGGACAGUAGCCACGAAGGCCACAACCACCUCGAUGACAUCGACCAUGUUGGUGCUAGCCAUCGUUCGCGGUCCGCGGAGCGCGCCAAGCCAGUAGAACGUGCGCGGACACCGGAUUACCAUCCCAAGUCGCCUCCACACUCGCCAGGGAAGCCGAAAGGACAGCACAAUCCCAUCGUACAAAUUCCUGCAGUGCAGACGCCGCUACUUCCUGUACAGACCACCGCUCCCACUGUUCUCCCUCUAGAGCUCGUUCAAGAACUGAAUCACACGUUCUUCCUCCACUUGCUUGCCACGGACCCGGAGCGCGUCCUUCCCCCUGGCAAGUCGCUUCUGUCUACUAUGACAUCCCCACGCGCCCAGGCGCGCGAGGGCGGAGUACCCAAGCUCGAAGGACGCGUCCAUGAUAUGGUCCAUAGGGCUUUCUGGGAGGAUGCGUUAAAGACGUUGUCGGAUCCCUCACCUGCCGUACAGCUACCAAGGCUCAAGGCCCUGUAUGCAGACCUUCUCGAUGCGUUGAAACCCCUUCUUUCCCGCAGCCAUCCAAUUUUGGUCACCCUCUCAUCCCCGCUAUCGCCUACCUCAGCGCCUCUACGAUCCGGUAUCAUGCACCUCCGAGAGAUAUUGGUUGCACUGCGCUCGCGGUGUGCGCCUGCGCGUGACGCGCAUAUCGAUAAGCUCAUCAUGAAGGUUGACGAGCCGAGUCAAAUGGCCUCCACCGCUGAGCUUGCCCAGCUUAUAGUUGACACCACACGCGCCAUCCUCGAACUGACGGAGGAAAUGAAGGACGACCUGUCCCAGUGCGUGUUAGGCGAAAUGGAUGAGAAGGACCUGAAGGCGGUCAUCACUCAGCAGGCAAUGCUACGCGAGAAGACACUCGUCCUCCAGCUCUGGCCGCCCAGCAGGAUAGAGCCCGCGUGGAAGGCAUGGCUAGACGGGCUGCAAACGACCUUGUUCCCUAAUGCCCACUCUAUUCAAUCACCUCAACAUCGGUGGGUUUACAGACUAGUCCAAGCUCUCGGUGCCGGCAGCCCUGUCGUCUGCCCACUUCCGACCAUCCGCAUCCCCGGGUCCGGGGCCUCGCAGGCAGAGGAAGUACACGGUGUGGACAAGCCACUCAACGCAUUGCCGCCUCCCUUCUUCGUACCCUGCGCCAGCCUCCUAGUCGCGCAAAACUACCUCCAGGCCCUCGUGAUCGCAGCAUCUCUCCGCUCGCUCGUUCGCAUCCCUCCAAAAUUCGCGAGCUCGCGCGACGCGGACGAUGGCCUAAGCUUCAUGGAGCGUGUGUGGGUGCUGCUCAAGAGCUCCCUUGAGGAGGAGUCCAGCGAUGGCGAGGGCCAGACGAAGAUUAUCAACCUUGAAGACGAGGUCGUGCGCGUCCGUCGCGCCUGCGCCGACGCCGAGUACCCGUGCACCCCCGAGGAAGAACAACGCCUGCGCACCGCGGUCGACCGCACGCUGCAUCCCACCGAUCCCGUUUUCCUUCUCUUGCAGAAACGCUUAGUGCAGGGAUUGGCUACGUGGCUCGUCUCCGUUCCCUCACAUUCCGAGGAACACGGGAGUGGGCCAACUAGUCGCGCCACCUCGCCCACUCCCAUUCACAUGCGGACGGGUCGUGACCGCCCCGGCAAGCGGCCGCGCCUUCACCUUGGGCUCGACGAUCCGAAAAGCGUAUUUGUCGGGUGGGAGCGCGAGCGCGCACGCCCUCCUGUCAUCAAAGGCUUUGAGGACGAUGUUUUCGUGAGGGAGGUGUGGGAGACGUUCAAGAAGAUUGGUGCGGUCGUGGACUGGACGGACACCAUCUGGCAAGAUCUCAUCGAGACGGGGGAGGUGGGUGGCCCGAGCAGGCCACCAAGUCGCGCGAAGAGAGACUUGUCGAGGGAGAAGUCGCCGGCGCCCGCACACAGGUGA